AUGUAACACACUUCUGGUGAUAAAUUAACCAAUACCUGCAAGAUACAUUUCUAAAUGGUAAAUAUUUGAAUCAGUAAUGACUGAAGAGAUAAACAACAUUUUAUAUUCUACUACAACUGGUAGGGAUUAUGUUCCAAAAGCGUACUGCAAACGUGAUCCUAUACGUCCUGUUAUAAAUAAAUUUGAAGAACCAAUUACAUCUGCGUUCACAAAGUUUUUAACAAUUGACACAGAUGUUAGAUCACCAUUAGAAGAUGGAGAUGAAUACUAUGAGAAAGUAAAGCAAAUAAAAUCUAAAAAAAUUCAAGAGUUGCAUCUAAAAGAUCCGAUCGACCAUGAUAUUGUUAAAGAAAAUAAAAUGAUGGAAAUGGCAACUGAAUAUCAAGUUGAAUUUCGAAGCUCAGAUAUCAUAGACAAAGAGAGAAUACUUAAAAUAAAAACUGAACAUUUCAAAUUACCAGAAAAUUGGAUCAUUCCAGAAACUACCCACAAACGGGAACACCGCAAUCCAGUUCUGCUAAACAAGUCAGCGCUGGAUCCACCAUUAAUUAUUAUCCCUCCAACUAGCUUGGGGCAGAAUGAAAAAAUUAACGAAAUAUUGCAAGUUAGAACUGGUACUUCCACGUAUGAAGAUACAUAUAGUAAGUUUGGCGAAUUUGCUAUACGAAAUCAAAUACAUGGCAAAAUAAAAUAUCCAAAGUAAGGAAAGAAAGGGUACUAGGACAAUAAUAUUAAAUCGGGAAUAAAGCAUAUUAAAAAUAU